UUGGACUCACUCCACCCUGGCCUGGCUCUGCCUCUGCCUCUGCCUCUGCCUCUGCCCCCUUUUGACAGCGACCAUAUCAGAACUCAGGACCACCUCGCCGCCUGCUCGCUCGCCCGCAUCCAACUUGGACGAAUGAUCGGCAUGGGACGGCACCCAUUUCACAAAGUGCUCUGCAAUUCAUGGAGGCCGUAGUUUUCGAGGAUUCACCUCUUGCUGAAUAUCUGGAAGGUGAAGUCGGCGACGACUCUGAUGAUAUUCCAGAACUGCCCUCGAUUGCAUCAAGUCCGUCCUUUGCCCCUCGAGGCAGACCGAAAGUCCGCCCCAAGUUUCGACAGAAUCUCCCACCUCCUUUACGACUGGCGAUACCCCAGAAUAAUGCAGUCGCGGCUAUACAUAACACUUGUUCAGUAUGCCAUGGCUUAUUUGUCCUUCGUUGGGCGUCACUAAUCAUGUCGUGUUGUAGAAGGCAGUGAAUUCUAGACUUGGUCGAGCUGACAAUGUGAGGUUCUUGGAGCGAUUUCGAUACAUUAUAGUAGCAUCACAGCUUCUCAACACGCAUUCAUAUCUUGGCCAGGCCACCCAAGGGCAGUCUCGGGAUGGUGUCGUACCUGCACCAGAUGCACCGCAGAUUGGUGCCAUCAGCCUUCCAGGAGCUGCUAUCACGGCAUCAGUUGCGUUUGCUCUGGUAUGGCUAAUACACUGGACACGAGGUGGUGAGGACUCAUCCGCUGAUAAGGGACGGACAGCCGUCGUCCUCGUCAUAGUAAUAUCAUUUGCUAUGGUUUCAUACGCAUAUAUGCGAAGACAAUGGCUGCAAUAUCUUCGACAGCAAUCGUUGGCAGAAAUCUCUGAUCUGUCCGUCAAGGCUCAGGAACUUGAUUCGGUGAUAGCAGGAGCAUUGGCACUUGUUCAAGAGGUUGAACUCGUUUCGAGAGGGUAUAGAAUAAGCGUCCCAUUACCACCAAUAAGCCGAUUAGAGGAAAGAAGUCAAAACAGACGAUGUGCCCGGUUGAGAAAGCAGUUGCGACUAUGUUUCGCGGGAGUGAUCCCACGAUAUAAUCAGGCAUGCAGAACUCUCAAGCCAUUGGCCGAGGAGAUGGACCUCGAGAAGUAUCUAGAUAUUUAUGAUAUCAGUAAUGUUGACUUCUCUGAAGCAAUGCUAGGAUAUUCAGAUGCAGAAUUUGAAGAUACCGAGUCAGUCCGCGUAUUAAAGAUUUUGGCUGCCAGGUUUUAUACCACAAGGAAGAUAUUUCUUUGCUGUUUAAUGGCACUUGAUGCACAUGGAGGGAAACCCGACUUUGUGCGUUGGAGCACGGCAGUCGAUGAGAUUCAUGCGACCAGUGUAGUAACUGGUGACGCUGGGGAACGACUCCAUCGAAUUUUGAGUGAGCAAGAGAAUUUUCCUAUCCCUCCAACGCCCAAAUUACCUACAACACCAAGUCGCGAGCGGUGGCGAGCUCAAUUACGCAAACUCAAUUCUCUGUCGUCAGGAAUCCGUGGGCUUCAGGCAAAAUUGCACGUGCUUCGUGAAGAAUCAGACAAGAACCUGGACGAAACACAAGACGUGUCGGAGCUAGGAGCCCAUCUGAUGAUUCAGUACGAAUCCAUAGGGAUUGAUCUCAAAGCAUUGAUGCAAGAAUGGGAAGAUGGGAAAGCGGCUCUUGCAUCCAAUAUCGACAGAAAUGAACGCCGGGUAUCGUCUAUGAGCGGCAUGCUAUCUCCAACAACGUCUCUAGGGGGGCUCACUGCCGUGGAGGAAGGUAGCGCUUCAGAUGCUCUGAAAGCACUCAAUGGUGAAUCUCAGUCUCGCAAUAGCAUGGACUUCAGCUGCUCUGAUGCCGAGGAAGUGUUCGAAGCUAUUGCUCUUCCUCGACAGAGAAGCGCCUUAACUAGAGAUGAACGCAUUGCGAAGUUGAAAGAGGAAAGAGUGAAGAGGGAUUCGACAAGGAAUAAAGCGGAGGCAAAUACGAAUAUGUUGAGAGAACUUGAGUCCGUGAUCAACAUGAGACCGAGGGGCCGCACAGCACCAGGUGGUGGGAGAAUUACGUCGAUAUGAUUGAUGCACAUGUCUAAUGAUUUCUUUUGUCCGGAACAUAUGGACCACGACCAGACAUAGCAAUCGGGGAAUUGGCGUUACUUUCAACGCUACUUAAUGUCGUUAUCUAAUACUAGGUACAUAUCCUCAGGAUGUCCCAGCACAGGAGUCCAUCGAUGAAUAAAUUUUAAUUUGCUGGACAUUGAGUCUUUGCUGUUGUAUUUUCCGAAGGUUCUCCGUGCGGUGCAAGAUGUUGAUUGUUGGGUGAGCCGGCUUAUUGCUUAUGCCCCUACGAAGUACCUAGUACUGCAUACCUACACAAAAAACAUUUCAGAUGUGCCUUUUCCCUCCUGUCUGAAGCAAGAAAGAUGCGAUGACUCUGGAACCCUCUUCUUCUCCCACGCCUACCCCUACCUACCUGGGUAUGUAAGUAUUCAGAGACCAGAACAUGGAAUCCCGUAUCACGUGAUCGCGAGACUCGAUGUUGAGACAGUCGCGGCCUCCAGAUCUCCUCACCAUUCAACAAC